AUGCCGCUGCUGCGGCUGCUGCUGCAGCAGCAAAACUUGCUGCAGCCACUUUGUGCAGCGCGCAUGCAGGCGCUUCAGCGGCAGCAGCAGCGGCUGCUGCUGCAAGGAGGCCUGCUGCGGCUAACUGCAGCAGCAAGGAAGCAGGCGUUGAUGCAGCUGCAAGAGGGCCUGCUGCAGCUACCUGCAGCAGCAGGGAUGCAGACGUUGCUGCGGCUGCUGCCCGGCCUGUCGCUGGCGCAGUGCGUGCAGCAGCAGCUCCUGCUGCACCACCUGCAGCGGCUGCUGCUGCUGCACCUGCUGAAGCAGCAGCUGCUGCGCAACCUGCAGGCGCUGCUACUGCUGCAGCUUAUGCAGCAGCAGCUGAUGCACCACAUGCAGGCGCUGCUGGUGCUGCAGUGGAUGCAGCAGCACCUGCUGCACCACCUGCAGGCGCUGCUGCUGCUGCAGCUGAUGCAGGAAGCCAGGGCCUUGCUGCUGCAGGGCGCACGGUUCCUUUAG